AUGGAUGCCUCUAUGCUAGGGCCCAGAGGCUCUGGCUCCUCCGCUACCGAGUUUCGACACAGAGUUAGCAGCGUCUCGUCUGGGUCGCAGCCCACCGUCGACGAUCAGAAAACGUUGACGCCAAGUUCCGACCCUGCCAACUACUCGACGAUACCGGCCGUCAGAGUACCUGAAAUCACAACGCCAACGUCCAAGGACAAGAGUAGCAAGUCAUCUCACCACCACCACAAUAGGCGACUUUUAAAACGGCAGCCCUCUCGCCCGACCUCGCCAUUGGUCGCUCCUGCGCCUUCUAUCGAUUCCCUCCCGUACCCUAUCCCGACCGACGAUGCGAAUCGCUUGGUGGUGCUGAUGAAGGCUCUGGGUGGGCGGAUGCGUGGUGAGCUCGAAUACCAGGGCGAGUACCGGGGAACCUGGCACACAGGAAUGGCAUAUAUCGACGUAGAGAAAGGCACCCUCAUGUUUGGAUUAGGUCACACUGGCCAAAAUGCGUCGUUCCAUAUACCUCUUGUCUCGGACUUGCGAGGUUGCAAAGUUCACGUCACUGGCUACCCCGAUGCAGAAAGAGAAUGCCUGGAGAUUGUCCCCAGCGAACCUGGAUUGGAACUCUUGAUCAGGCCCAUCAUGUCGGAGGAGCUGGAGCUGUGGCUCGCGGCGCUCUUGUGCUGGCAGCAGCUCACACCUCUCAACCUCAAAGUGCCCAACGGAAAACCAGCCAGCCCCGCCGGGCCUAUUCGCCCUGAAAUGAGACAGCGUGCCAGGUCAGGCGAUACUACAAAGGCCACAAACAUCAUCAAAGUAGGCAAGUUCAUGCUUUGGGACAAGGGUCCAGCAAGGUCAGCCCGUGCGGUCGUCCAACGGUCGUCAACGCGCGAUCACAUGCAUCCAUCCAUGUUUUGGAGAAGAGUUUCUUGCGUUUUACAAGAUAAUGGCGAGUUUAGGCUCCUUAUGGAGAACGAUGUUUCAGUCUUAUCCAUUAUUGAACUAUCUCAGCUUUCUCGGUGUGCCAUCCAGGGCCUCGACCGUUCCGUUCUAGAAGAAGAUUAUUGCAUUGCCAUUUUUCCCAUUUACGCCUCUACCGCAACACACAUAUCCGUCUACCGACCCGUCUAUCUAGCUGUGGAUAGCCGUAUCGACUUUGAGGUUUGGUUUGCGCUGCUUCGAACUUUUGCCGUCCCCGACAUCUUCGCCCUAGAUGACCCGCAAACAGAUGAGAUUCAAGAUGUGGUUGAUAUCGAAAAAGAUCUUCCGGGGGAAGUUUUCCGUAUGGAAAAAAUUAUUAGGGUCAGAGUUGUAGAGGCCAAGAUCAAAGCCAAUCCAGUUGGGGUAGAGUGGUUCUCGCCGGAGAAAUGUGGCAGAAUGGGUCCAGAUCCUUUGGUCGGCAGCUACCUUGCGGAAGUGAUUUUGGAUGGCGAGGUCAGAGCCAGGACGACGACCAAAAAGGAUACGAAAAACCCAUUCUGGAGAGAGGACUGCGAGUUUAACGAUUUACCCGCGGUGGUGCAAGAUCUUUCUGUUGUGCUAAAACGAGUUGAUUGCGGCUCUGACGGGUACUCAAAAUCGAUAUCCGUCCAGGAGAUUAUAUGCGGCAGUGUAAGAAUCGCCCUGGACGACGUAGAGAGAGGCCAGGGGCAGGAAAGCUGGCAGCCGAUUCUGGAUGAUAGGCAGCAGAAUAUUGGGUCGAUGCUAAUCAAGGUCUUCCACGAAGAGCAUGUCGCCUUGCUGUCGAAAGAAUACGAGCCGCUGUCUGAAAUUUUGCAUCGAUUCCCUUCAGGUCUAACUACUCUCAUCUCUGCCUCUCUCCCAGGCCAACUGCGCCCACUUUCAGAGCUGUUCCUCAACAUCUUCCAAGCCUCCGGCUCCGCAAGCGAUUGGUUGAUGGCCUUGGUCGAAGACGAAAUCGAUGGGAUAGGAAACCAGACGUCUAUCAAGAAAUACCGAUUUAGUAAUAGACUCAAAUCUAGCGAAUCCAUGGAGUCUUCAAACGAGCGAGAGUUGAUGGUUCGCGAUAUCCACAGGACGUUGGCAGGAGAGGCUAACCUUUUGUUCCGAGGUAACUCGCUGCUAACACAAUCUCUCGAAUUUCAUAUGCGCCGCUUGGGCAAGGAGUACCUGGAAGAAAUUCUGCAGGAUAAAAUCAAUGAGAUCAACGAAUUGAACCCUGAUUGCGAAGUAGAUCCAAGCAAGCUGAUGCAAACCGGAGGAGACUUGGAUCAACACUGGGGCCGUCUUAUUCACCUCACAACAGAAAUAUGGCUGUGCAUCGCAGAUUCGGCGGAAAGAUUACCGGCAGAGCUGAGGCAUGUUCUGAAGUACAUUCGCGCUGUAGCAGAUGACCGCUAUGGAGACUUUCUCCGCACCGUCAGCUACACUUCCAUAUCGGGCUUCCUCUUCUUGCGAUUCAUAUGCCCUGCCAUCCUCUCCCCAAAACUAUUUGGGCUAUUACGGGAUCACCCCAGACCGCAAGCACAGCGUACCUUGACACUCAUUGCAAAAGCAUUACAAAAGUUAUCAAACUUGUCGACGUUUGGAAAGCGAGAAGAGUGGAUGGAGCCGAUGAAUCGCUUCUUGACCCAACAGCGGCCAACCUUCCGAGGCUUUAUCGACCAGGUCUGUGGUAUUCCGGCUGAUCGAGGCGGCAGGACCUUACCUCCCAGCUAUAUCACGCCUGUCACCAUACUGAAUCGACUAGGGCCUACAGCGAAGGAAGGAUUCCCUAGCUUGCCAUACUUGAUUGACCAAGCUCGAGCCUUUGCGAGUCUCGUCAAACUGUGGGUAGAUUCACGGCCUAUCGAUGUCAAACAGGCGCAAGUCGAUGGAGAGCUGUUGAUAUUCAACGAUCUAUGCUUUGGGCUGCAAAAACGCGCCGAUGCCUGUCUUGCCAAGGUGGUUGAUUUCCGAAACAAGGAGAUACCGUCGUACAUGUCCCCCGAACAGCUGGCCGAGAUCCUGGAACAGGUCAACUUUACUGGGCCAUACCACCCGUAUUAUGUGGGAAGCCCAACCUCUAAGCCCAGUAGCUACGAGCAACCUCCUGGAAGCUCCAGCAGCGACGGAGGCGACUCAAGCUCGAAAAGACGCAGCAAGGAAAUGAAGCGUGGAAGGGAUGACGCAGACACGAAAAAAGGCAACAGUCCCCGAAAUUCGAGCGGUUCAGCCAGCGGAAAUCCGAAGCAGAAGAAUGGAAAAGUCGGCAGGACUCUUUUGAGUGGCCUCAUGAAGAUUGGCGGUGGAAGAUCCGAGAGUCCAGACACAAAAGGGCAACGAUAA